AUGGACGACCUUUUAGCAAAGCACCGCAAAGAGCAAAAAGACUUACAAGGGCGCAUUACCCAGAAGAAAAAGUCCGCGACCAAGAAGACCCGCAAAGGAAUCAAUGAUGAUUGUGAGCGCAUGCAGCGAGAUCUCACUGAGAAGCACCAAGACGAAAUCGCUCAACUAAACGGCACUUCAUCCGAGCCGGUGGAAGGCUUGGAGGAUCUCAACCUGGAGGACGAAACACCCACCAAUCCCGAAUCCAACGACACUGUCAACGAUACAAAGCCAGAAGAACCAACCCCCACCUCCGAAUCUACCCCCCACAUCAGAAAGCCCAACCGCCAAAAGGCCCGCCUGGCCCGUCGAGCAGCUGAGCAAGCUGCGGCAGCCGAGGCUGCGGCCGAAGAGGCUGCCAACCAAACAGACUACAGAGGCAAUGAGAAGGAGGUGAUGGAUGCUGUGUUCAAGAAGCUGGGAUUGAAAGAAAUCGAAGUUACACCCGACGGACAUUGCCUUUAUUCAUCCAUUGCCAAGCAGCUGGACGAUGCCGGACUUGGCUUGCGGCCGGACCCAAGCCGAAUUGUACUCGAGACGACGACACAAUCCCGCAUCGAUACCGUUGCAUCGCCACAACAUGACGGCUACCGCGCAGUUCGGGCUGUGACAGCGGACUUCAUCACGCAAAAUAAAGACGACUUCGAGGCAUUCAUGGAGGAACCAUUGGAUGUGUACACGCGGAAAAUUAAGCUCACCGCAGAGUGGGGUGGGCAGUUGGAGCUGCAGGCAAUUGCUCGGGCAUAUGGGCUGGAGAUUAAUAUCGUCCAAAGUGAUGGACGAAUGGAGAAGAUUGAAUCGGGUGAUAUGGAUAAGUUUGACGAAGAGGAAAGGCUUAAGCGUGUUAUUUGGCUGGCGUACUAUCGCCACUCCUACGGGCUGGGUGAGCACUAUAACGCUCUUACAAAGCAGUCAUAA